AUGGAAUCAAAGGACGGUGGUUACCUGGAACCAGUGUUUUUGUGUACGUUUCCACCUCUAGUAGGUGACAUCAUUUAUGACGUGUCGUGGUUUAUCAAUGACAAUGAAUUGACUUGGGCAGCAUCAAACGCUUUAUCGUUUUCUGAACUAAAUUCUACAGCUCUAAGACCCUCUAACUGGACAGGAAACUAUUCUCUUAAUUUCGAGCCAGAACAAAAUAAAUACUACGUCAUGGAGGGUGUCAGGUCACAGAUUAAACUCACCAGCACCAUACCAUUCAGUUGUCCAUUAUCGUUAAGUAAAGAAAUGCGAGAGGCGUUUUGUACGUAUUACUUCUUUGUGUGGACACCUUUAGAGGAUAGCUGUAGGAAUGGGAUGGCUAGCAAUGGGAUAGCCAUGGCUAACCAGCCCUGUGGGGUGACGUUUAACUUUAGAGACUGGGGGAACAGAAGUGUACAUAUAAAUGUGACAGGUUAUGUAGAUGGCAUGAUUAACUACAAUUACAGGACUACAUAUCUACACAUAGCGUCAACAAGGAAUCCCAUGGAUCCGUUGGGAAUAUGGGACAAUCUCAAUAUUGGGGGAAUAGAGGUGAAAGUAGUUGACCGGGAUAUAUUGGUGACCGGUCGUCAGUGUAUAUCAUCAAAUGAUCCACAUAUGACGACAUUUGAUGGACUGCCCUGGGAAAACCAGAGAACAGGAAUAUUUGUUUUAUAUCAGCACAAAACAUUACCAUAUGCGGUUCAUGUUAUUUAUUCUGAAUGUGUCCCAAGGCGCGCAACAUGCAACUGUGGAGUAGCAGUCAGAAAUGGAUUUAGCUAUUACAUCGUCAGGACCUGUGAAAUAAUUUCGGUACAGAACACCAAAAUGCUCGCAGUUCCAUAUGAAAAAGAGUACCUUUGUGAAGCUGCUGACCUACAAAUUGUGAAAUCUGGAAAGCAUUACACUGUGACCUUCCCAUCUGGAACACAAGUUUCUUUCUACAUCUCAUCUUGGAAUAACUUUAUCGGGAGUGUGAGGAUCCGAGCUUCUGUGUCAGACAUUGAGUCGUCCCUAGGUUUGUGUGGAUUUACUAAUGGCGAUACAUCUGAUGACUUCAUCCCAAAAGACGGUAGCCAUCCCACUGACCCCAACACAUUCGCACUGUCAUGGAGAAUUUCAAUGGAUUCUAAUAACAGUUUAUUUUCAAUGUCCUCGUCAUUUUAUCUGGGCACAUCAUGGAUGUACGUAUUUAAUAGUGGUUUUGAAUUUUAG